AUGACCAAGGAUACUGCACCUGUCUCUCCCAAGAUGUCUCAGGUCUGGGAUCGGACUGCUGAUGCUAAGCUUCUUGCGGCGAUCAUUGAAACGAACCCCAAUCCUAUCGACUUCAACGCUGUUGCUGCCUACAUGGGAGAUGGCCGCACUCCGAAUGCCUUGAGACAUCGUGUCAUCCGAAUCAAGGAGAGUGCCAAGGGCGGAGACAUGGACUCCACGCCCAAGGGCCCGCCUGCCGCCACCCCCGCCAAACGCAAGAGGGGAACGGCCACCAAGGUUACCAAGCCCAAGGGCAAGGCCAACUCCAAGGCCAACUCCAAGACCACACAGGCCCAGGCUGGGGCUACUUCUACCAUCGACAACAAUGACACCGCCAUGGCCGAGGGUCUUGCCCAGGACGAGGACGAGGUGAGCAACAUGAAGCUCAAGACCGAAACCUCGGACAAUGAGUACGUUCCUCCUACUGCCGAGGACAACAGCACCGACUAA